UGAGCCAACACCCAAGUGGGACAGUGAAGGAGCUUGAGAUGAAGAAGGGGAGUCUGUGAGUUCACCACUGCCUGUCUGAAAGGGCAAACAGAAAGCGGCAGACAGUAGAUGAAACAGAAGACGCCCGUGCCUACAAAGAAGGUUCCAAGGAGCCCAGUUGGACCACAGCCAGGAUGAUGAUGUUUGAUACUUGCAAGGAGCCAGACCUGGGCAUUGUCUAUGGGGAACCCAUCAGGCCAAAGCCCAUCAUUCAUAAGAGAACGGAAGGUCAGAAGAAAGCCCACCCAGUCGAGGAGGAGGAGGAUGUGCCCCUUUUUCGUGGGGAAAGUUUCAGAGCCUCCUGGGAAAUCACGGUACAGACAAUUCCUGGUGCUGCUGAGGAGCAGGAUGUGUGCAUUGUAGGUGAGGAAAACAUCUGGCAGUUCCCCCAUACCAGCGAGAGAAAGGCAUGUUUGCAGGAAACCCACUCAGUGGAGGGUCCCGUUCACAGCAAACUAGACUCCAGUGUCCCCAGUGAACCUCCAGCCCAGGCUGUUGUUGAUGCUGCUAAGGGACAAGACGUCUGCAUUGUGUAUGAGAAAGGUGUCCUACGAAAGCCCACCGUCCGUAUCAGAACUGGGUAUCCUGAGGAAGAAGACUCAGAGGAGGAUAUAGAUAUGCCUAUUCCUGGCAGAGGAGAUUGGAAAGGGCCCAGUGAAUCCACCUUCCAACCCGCUCUUGUUGCCACCAAGGAACAAGACUCCUGCAUUGGGUAUGAGGAAAUGGUUAGUCAGAAGCCCGUUUUUCAAGGAAGGGCCCCCAAUGAAGCCACAGCUCAGGGAGGUAUGGAUACUGGUAAGUAG